UCCCCGAGUGCCCACUUCCCCUGGAGAUAGCGUCCCCCUGGGCUGCACUGGGGGAUAAGCCAGGCUAUUUUCAUCACUUCCUUCCUCUUGCUCCUGCGGCCACCACCAGCUGCCUCACAUCGAGCUGCCAUUUCAGCCCCAGCCAGGAUAGUUGAGGCCACAGAAGGGGGUGCAGACUGCAGGCCUCACAAGGAACCUCUCCUGUUCUCCCUCCCUAUCCAUACACAGUUUUCUACAUUGGCUUUCAUCUAAGAGUUCAUUCAGCACGGGCAGCCAGGCUCACCGUCCUGCCUUGGAGUGUCCAGUGAGGCUCAGCCAGGCCUGAGCUGGGUGCCUUAAGCUUCCUUCUGUAUUCACCGUCCCAUUUCACAGAGGAGAAAUUUGAGCCCUGAGAGGGGAGCCAGCCUGCCAAUGCAUGCCUGGGGGGCCCUGCUGCUGCUUUGGGCUGCCUUAGCAGCCACUGAAGACUGCCCUGCAGGGUGCACCUGCCAGGCCCUGGAAACCAUGGGGCUGGAGGUGGACUGCAGGGGCCGGGGGCUCACGGCCUUGCCUGCCCUGCCCGCCCACACGCGCCACCUGCUGCUGGCCAACAACAACCUCAGCUCUGUGCCACCGGGCGCCUUCGACCACCUGCCCCAGCUACAGACUCUUGACGUGACUCAGAACCCCUGGCACUGUGACUGCAGCCUCACCUACCUGCGUCUCUGGCUGGAGGACCGCGUGCCCCAGGCCCUACGGCACAUCCGCUGUGCCAGCCCCGAGCUCACCAGCGACCGUCUGCUGGGCCAGCUCACGGGCUACGAGCUGGGCAGCUGUGGCUGGCAGCUGCGGGAGCCCUGGGCCUACCCGGGUGUGUGGUGGGAUGUGGCGCUGGUGGUCGUGGCCACACUGGGCCUGGCUCUCCUGGCUGGCCUGCUGUGCACUGCCUCAGAGACCCUGGACUGAGUGCACACACAUCCAGGGUCACUAGCCCCAGACCCGGGUGCCAGGUCCCGAGCCCCUCCCCGGAUCCCGCCAGGCCUGGUCACCCUGGGCCCCCAGUAACUCUAAAUAAACGGGCUGCUCAACCAUUUUA